AUGUACAAGGGUGUGUUCUACAUGCACGGGUUCAAAGGGUUCUUUGUCAAUAUCAUCACCGUUUGCUGGUUGACUUUUGCGAUCGUCUUCUUUUCGUUCCCUUACUACAAGCCUGUCACUGCUGCGAACAUGAAUUAUACAUGCUUGGUUGUGGGCGGACUCACACUUGUUCAAUUGGCGUGGUACAUCAAAGUCAGAAGCCGCUACAACGAGUGCAUUCAAAGAGCAAAGGAAGAAUAA